ACAGGCAGGCCAUGCCGAGGAGUUGCUCCAGUCCCUCAGCCCUGCGCUCAGGGCAGGACGUCCAGCAGCUGCCCCCUCCCACCAGGACUGACAGAGGCGCAUGGGGGGCUGAAAAGAGCACGAUGCCUUCUCCGGGGGUCUCGCCUCUCUCCCUCUGAUGGUGGGCAAGCCUGCGAGGUUGUGGAUAACACCAUGCGCGCUGCAGAGAGCCAGGCCCCCAGUCCUCAGGAUGACUCCUCAGCAGAGAGCUAACCAGCUGCCACCGGGGCAGAGGGAAGAGGAUGUGACGGCCAGGCCUCUCCCACAGGAGUGGAGCAAGAAAAUGAAGCCCAUCGUCCAGAGGCGGCGCUCGACCUCUUCUGCCCUCAGCAAAGCUCUCAGCAAGUCCAGAUCUCAUGCCAGCAGGGAAAUUGUUUUUAACACCUCCCAUCCAGAUAAUGGGUUGCCAGCCAGGGCCUUUGGUAACCCAAACUCCAUUUUCAUUCUGGACGACCGUGUGCAGCUUACCACAGGCCUACAGACGCAAGAGAGACAUUUAUUUCUCUUCAGUGACACACUGAUCAUCGCCAAGUCCAGAUCGUCCUCCAGCUUGAAGCUGAAGAAACAGUUGCGCCUAAGUGAGGUGUGGACAGGAUCCUGCCUCAGUGAAGUGUCUGAGAAAAGGAUGAGCCCAGAGAAUUCUUUUGUCAUUGGCUGGCCCACCACCAACUACGUCGUCACAUGCAGCUCACCCGAAGUGAAGGAAAGGUGGCUGUCCAUGCUGCUGUGGCACAUCAAUGAAAUGAAGCAGAAUGAAUAUCCGAAAAGUCUGUCCAUGCAGAUUCUGUUGAUGGAUGGUGACAACAGCUCCUCUAAUACCACAGUGAGCGUCUCCAACAUGGAAUCCACAGAUGACAUCAUCAAGAAGACGACUCAACAGCUGGGACUUCCUGGCAGACCAAGUGACUAUCACCUUUGGGUAGUAUCAGGAAGGGAUGAUCCUCCAUACCCUCUUAUUGGUCAUGAGCAUCCUUUCAGCAUAAUCCUCAGCUGCCUCCGAGACUCUCUGGACCAGCUCCAAGGAAGCAACCACAGCAUCCUGCUGACAGAUGAACAUGAAGCUUCUCUCCUGGACCAGCUCCCCAGGGAUAGGCAGUGCCAGUUCAUCCUGAAGCCCAAGCCCCAUGCUCCAGUGCAACUACGGAGAGAAACUUUGCAGAAACAUACAAAGAGGAAGAAAUCCUUGAUCGACUGGGCUCUUCGCCGAAGUACAAGCACCCCAACUGGCAGCCCGGCAUCGCAGUCCCCAACCACCCCACGGAAGCUCUUUGGCCUGUCUCUUACAUCCGUUUGUCCUGAUGGGAGCCUUCCUAAGCCAAUUAUGGACAUUCUUCAGCUCCUGUAUCAUGAAGGCCCGUCCACAAGGGGCAUCUUCAGGCGCUCGGCCAAUGCCAAGAUCUGCAAGGAACUGAAAGAGAAACUCAACUCUGGAGAUGAUGUCCAGGUGGAUGGUGAAUCUGUCUUUGUAGCUGCAGCCGUUAUCACGGAUUUUCUGCGAAAUAUACCUGACAGUGUUCUAUCCUCAGACAUGCACAGGCUUUGGAUGGAGGCCAUGGAUAAAGAAAACCGAGUGCAUAAGGUUGAAGCAAUCAAAAGUUUAGUGAAUCAGCUUCCGGAAGCCAACCUCAUUUUGCUGAGGCACCUCUUUGGAGUCCUGCAUCACAUUGAGCAGAAUUCCAUGGAGAACCAGAUGAAUGCGUUCAACUUGGCUCUCUGUAUUGCUCCCAACAUGCUCUGGCUUCCCAGCCCCACUGGCCCCGAGGAGGAAAGCAGAUCUACAAAGAAGGUGGCCAUGCUGGUGCAAUUCUUGAUUGAAAAUUCAGCCGAAAUCUUUGGAGGGGACGUUGCUUCGCUCUUUCAAAGACCACAGAAGGAGAAGGCCCGAAGUGUGGAUGAUUUACUGGCUCAGCACGAUUCUUCUGACGAAAUGGAAUUUGCUGCUUCGUACCGGGAAAGAGCAAAGCCGCGGUUUGUGCUGGAGGCAGGCGAUGGCCUCUACAGCCCAUCCAGCGGGUUCCUCCUCAGUGAGGAGCAAGAGGACUGGGACCUCUUCAGCGAAAUCACCGCUUGCUACCAGAGCAAGGCCCGCAAGAACGCCAGUGCCGACAGCUACGACCUGCUGGCGGAGGAGGAGGGCUCCUUCCGCUCCGCCGGCUCCAUCUGCUCGCUCAGCCCCCCCCGGAACCGGUGCUCUUCGGAGCCCAGCGUCUGCCUCAGCUCCCAGCUCCCCGGCCAGGACCACGAGCCAGUGGCCCGGCAGUCCAGCUGUGACGCCACCAUCAUGCACAGCCACGGCGACUACAUCCGCAGGCUCCAGCAGCUGCAGCUGGAAAGCCAGAAGCUCCUCGAAGAAGGCCUGAGCCCCGGCCCGAGGAGAGCCAAACCGGACUGCUGGAGAUCCCCUCCAAGCAGCCUCCUGGGGGGGAAGCCCAGCCCCCACAAGGCGAGCCGGUCCAACCGGUCCAGCUUCUCCAGCCUGUCGUCCACCACCACCUCCCCGUCGGCCUCCUCCUUGAGCUCCCUCGACAGCGCUUUCUCCUACUGCUCCGAGUCCUCUGCCUUCAGCCCCGCGGACGUCUCCUCCCUGCCGUUCAUGUUUGGCACCUCCGCCAGACUCCAGACCUUGUCCCCAAAGACGGCCAAGAGGUCCCUGAAGGAGUGGCACAAACCCUGGACUUCCCCUCUGCCCCUGAGCCCUGGCGACUUGGACUUGUGCCUUGAGGAUGAGGGGCAGGGCCGAGAGAGCAGCUGCUGCAGGGAAGGGGGGGCCAAGGACUUUGGGCCCAUCCCCAGCCAUGCCUUGGGGAGCCCACUGCGUGAGGACAACUGGGGCGAAGGCGGGGAGGAGGCCAGGCCCACGGAGCCUCUCUCCCACACGCUUGGAAGCGGCUGUUCCGGAAGGCCAGAGGCCAAGGCUCCCGCGCCAAAGAGCCGGCAGCAAGUUCAAAGGGAGAAAUCCGUGAAACACAUAGAGAUCAAAGCCACGGAGGGGGCUCCACGCAGUCAAGAAAGCCUGAAACGCACCAAGAUCACUGUCUACAUGGCCCCCAAGGAAAGAAGCCCGAGUCAGUCUCCGGUUGGACAAGACGACGAAGAUGUGGCCACGAGCACCGGUAGCACCAGCUCAGAGGGCAGCAGCAACCCCGGGGCCUCCAAGAGCCUCCAAACUGUACGCGUUCACAUCCCCCAGACAGUGUUUUAUGGGCAGAACACUCCUUUGGUGCUCCAGUCCCUCUCUAGGAGGUACCACCAUGAAUCCAUGAACCGCCCGCCACAGGUGACGCUUCCCCCAAGUGCUCCGCUCGGGGAAGAAGCGGGACACCCAGCUCAGCAAACGCACACCACACACCUCAGCAAGGCCGGCAACAGCAGUACGUUCAGCCACACCUUCCACAUCUUCCUGCCAGCCUCCAUCCGCAAUACCGUCCGUGAGUACUUCGGCCGUGAUGGCCACCAGGACUAUUGCGUGGACGAUGCAGAAGCUGUGGAGAAUGAACUGAUCCGGAGCAGGGCCGAGUGGCUGAGGGGCCAGCCCCACACGGGGGCCCCCGCCGAGGAGCUCAACUUAAUAUUUGCAGAAGAGACUUUUGUCUAGGAGCACCACAGCUGUCGCUCGUGACAGCUCCUUCAGUUCGCUUUCUAUAUAGGGAGGUUUUGUACAUUAAAGUGUUCUGUAAAAUACUUACCUAGGGGUGAACAAUGCCACUGGCUGCCUCAGCUGACACACGUGUAAAGCAAACGCCAGUGUGUCCUUCCAGUGUGUCCUUCCUACGAUUGGCUUCUGUCUCCACUAUUUUUUCCACUCCCCAAAACAAAGAAAGAGGGAAAGAAGCAGUCUUCACUUGAGGCUGCAGGCCAGGUGAAGCGCUGAGCAUCCUGCCUGGUGCUCAAGAGAGCUCAUGCCGUUUCCAGAUUUUUCUACUGGCUUUGCCAGAUGUUACUGAGAAGGGAGUGGGUGGGAAGUCACUGGACCAGGUCACAUGAAAACCUUGCGCUUGGCUCCACACCAAAGGCCACAGUGAACACAGGGAGGCUGAGGGUAAAAGGAAACCGCCCUUCUAAGGGCUGGGGUGUUGUUGUUUCUUUGCCACACUGACAAACGUCACACAAAGGUGUUGAUGGUGGUUUGCUCACUAACACAAUGGCCAGUGACAUUCAAAAGGGAAGUUUCACGGCCAUUCAACCAGUCCAGAUUUUUCUUUCCGGUCUAUGUUUCUGCAUUUUCCCUUCCUUCCUCUUGUAGGAUGUUGCCUUUAGUUUUGUUUAAAGUGGUCUUAGUCUUUGUUGAAUGUGUAACCUUCCAUGAGUCCAUGCUGUAAAGAAAGGCAGGCAAGAAAUGCCCAAACCAGCCAACAGAAAACUCUAAAUGCAUUUAUGUGGGAGGCAAGAGACUGAUUUUUAGUGGAACUUACCUCCAAAUACAACCAGUGUUCCCUCUUAACAGGGAUUCCCAGAUGUUGUUGACUACAACUCCCAGCAUGCACAGCUGCAGUGGCCUUUGGCUGGGGAUUCCAGGAGUUGUAGUCCACAACAUCUGGGCAUCCCUGUUGGAGGGCACACUGGCCACAACCUUUUUCAUUUUUUAGAUUGGAUUUUCAAUGGAGUCUCCAAGAACUGAUCCUUCCUUGAUGUGAGCUGAGCGUCACAGUUCCACAGACACCUUUCAGUGUUCUAGAGUGGUUCUGAAAUAGGAUGCCCAGUUGUUGCUCUUAGCUUUCUUGAUAUGGCCUGCCUAUUCCUGUUGUGGACUUAAUGAAGGAAAAGAUUAAAAUAAAAGAAGUGUGUGUGUGCCUGAGAGAGAGACACAGAGAGAGAGAGCGGAAAAUUUCAGUGUUAAGUUCUUACUGGUUAAGGAUUCAAAUGAAUCCUUACCAUUCUCCCUAGAAUGGUUUGGUUUUGUGUGAUGUUGAAGGACCUGUGAAAGUAGUUGUGUGAAGCGGCUGAGUAUGUGACAAGGGAAGUGAGAUGUUGGUCAACUCAUCUUGGUUGGUUGACUUGGGAAAGACCUGAUCCUGUUGAAACUCUUUGGGGGCAUUUUUUCCAGACCGACCUAAUUUUAUGCAGUUUUCACUACUCAGGAACACUGCAAAUGGUUUUGCUUCAACACCUUAGCCGGUUUCUGCAGCUUGCCUUGAUCAAUGCUGCAUACUCCUCAGUUGCUUCAUAGGGAAGUUAGUACUUAUCAAACGGGCACUAACUUCCCUGCACUGUUCUGGUUUUUUAUGUUUGGACAAAUGUCAUAGAACAUCCCUCGUUUCAACUAUUCUGGUUUCUUUUCUCCUUCAUCAAAGCCUUUUAAAAAAUUAAGACGAUUUUGCACAGUUACUCCUGUAGUAGAGCUGUGUUGACAGUUUUUUCUGCUACCUUCCUUUUGAGGAGACAGAGAAAAGGUGGUUGGUUCGGCUCCUUCAUAGUGCCAUAAAAAAUCUCCCGUCCCACCCUUUUAAAAACGUUUAAUUUUUGUUUGUGCCAUCAAAGUUAUUGAUGGUUCUGUUUGCGCAUAAUCCAGAAUCUACAUUUGUGCAACAAAUGCACAAAAUACAAUGUGAGGACAAUCUGGAUGUGUAACAUGGCAGCUGAGGAGCUCUGGUCUGGCAUACCCCUGAGGAGCUUCUAAACAGACAGGUCAUGCCCUGGAUUUGGACAGACCCACAAUGCAUAGGGUUGAUUUGGGGGGAACCAGAAGAUGGCCCAUUGGCUGCCUUCAGAGAGAGCAAACUACUAUGCUGGUAGGGAAACUAUACAAGUGGCUCCUCAGUUUUAGUGGUGGUGUGCUGCAAAAUGCACCGGAUCCAAUGAACAACCUGAUCCUGUGCAUGUUUAUGCAGAUGGGAGUCCAACUGAGUAAGGCCACAGAGGAUGAUAGAUUUAAAGACACUGACAGGGCCCUGUCUUUCUGAAAAAGAGGGAGCCAUCUUUGCUUAGUGGAAGGAGAGAGAGAGAGAGAGAGGUGUUUUAUAAGCUGAGAAAAGUGCAAAGGCUUGAGGUGUUUGGAGUCCAGUUUGGUUGAAAAGCCACAGAAGGGUUUUCAAAGUUUGCUGUAGGCUGUACUGCAAGAACAGAAGAAAACCAGCUAUUUGCUUUAGCCCCUGGUUUGGGCCUUUUAACCGGAUCCCUAACAUUGCUCAUGGAGUCUUCCUGAGGAUCUUUCCUUUCCAUUAUUCUUAUUCUUAUUAUUUUUCUUAUCUUUAUGUCCUGCCUUUCUUCCACCAUGGAACUCAGGGCAGCUUAGCUGGGGUUCUCUUGCACCCAAAAGCCAAUGAGAGACCUUGUAAGGUCUUGGCCAUAGAAAUCGCCAUAAGGUUCCGCUAUUUAAUAUUAAAUUAAACGGGAAGAAAAAGAUGCCUUUAUUAGGGAACGCAUGUGAACAAGAGUCUCUCUUGUUCCACGUGGUGGAGAAUCCAUUUCUUGCUCUCUGUAGAGGACUUUCUCUUGCCAAUCGGUGUCUGCUUUUAUUCCUGCCUCAGUGUGGCGGCCCUUGUGUGACGGCAAGUGUAUACCUGGACUGGAUGCCCUACACCGCCCUUUCUCUUGCACUUACUCUCAUUAAAGAGACAGUCACAUUCUCUUUGCAUUUUUAAGCUACGGUUGUAAAUAAUUCAAUUAAAGAAACACGGUUUUAUUUGCCAA